AUGACAGAACCUACUAAACCUACUAAUCCUGCUUCUCUCUUUCUAAAAGCAGGCUCACUCUACCCUACCACAGACACUCUGAACAGUCCCCUCAAUCUAAAAGGACUCUUAACAAGAUCUCAUAACGAAACUCCAGGGGAGUUUGGUGGUAACCAGGGUAACCAGACAUUUAGUGGUAACCAGGGUAACCAGACAUUUAGUGGUAACCAGAUAGAGAACGCUCUUUCUAAACUAGUGGAUAAGGUUGACGACACUUCAAUAACAGUUGAUAUCAGCGGGAAGGUAUAUGAAAUAUUGAACUCCCAACUGUUUAUGAAUCCUGAUUCUCUGCUAGCCUCGUCAGAAAGAGAGCGUUACUUGGAUCAGGAGACUGGUCACUACUUCUUCGACAGAAACAGACAAGCGUUUGAGUUGGUUCUGGAAUACUACCAGAAUGGGGGGAAGCUGCGAACACCCAAUUACCUCGGUGAGAAGCUGCUAAACGAGGAGUACAUGUUCUUUGGACUGAUCUACAACGAGUCCAGCUCAUCCGAGGAAGACUACGAAACUGAAGACACUGACAGUUCUGGUAGGAGAGAUGGUUUAGGAAACAGACUGAACAACUUUCUAAACGACCCCGCUUCCUCCAGAGGCGCUAAAGCGUGGAUGAUAACGGACGUGUGUCUCAUUCUGUUCUCCAUGGCUCACUUUAUCCUGGACACAAGACAGGAUGUAUUCUCUGCUGGGGAGUACGAGGACCAUGAGCAGAUAGAACUUGUUUGUGAGGUUAUAAACAUUGUGAGUGUAGGUUUCUUCUCUAUAGAUCUGCUAGCUAGGUUCCUAGUGGCCCCUUGUAAACUACACUUCUUCAAGCAACUCACUAACUGGUUCGAUCUGAUAGCUAUAAUCCCCUUCUAUAUAGACGGUAUGAUGGAGUCUGUGGGUAUAGACGCUCUCAAGUUCAAGAUAUUCCAGCUGUUCCGUAUUGCACGUGUUGCUCGGGUCCUUAAGGUGAUCAAGCGGUCCCGGCGGCUCUUAGUGAUAGGCAUGAUACUGUACGAGUGUUUGAACGAGUUGGCUAUGUUGUUUAUUUUCUGGGCAAUGGGUGUGUUUUUCUCAGGGUCCCUCAUGUACUUCUGUGAGAACUCAGUGGAGAACACAGCCUUCCUCUCCAUCCUCUCCUCCUGCUGGUGGAGUGUGGUUACCAUGUCAACACUUGGUUACGGAGACAUGGUUCCUAAUACUCUGCUCGGUAAACUACUCGGAGCUAUCAUCAUCUUCGCUUCUACUGUCUUCAUGGCGGUUCCCAUGACAAUAAUAGUCACUAAGUUUGGGGAGUGCUAUGAGAAAAUGAAGAAGGAAAUGGGGGUGCCGAAAGAGACUGAUUGGAGAGAAAAGCGCUUGAAUAGGAGAGCACAGAGGAAUAAGUGUUGCACGUGCAAAUGCGUUCGGAUUGGGAACUGCACGGUGUGUUGA